AUGUUUUCCCGGGCCGCUAAAUCAAUCGCGAAGACCAUCAGUCAGCGGAAGUAUCAUGUCGGCGACGAGAAUAUCAAGCUGGCGAUGGUCGGAGGCUCAGGCGGAAUAAGUCGAUCUUUCUCGCAGAUGUUGAAACGAACAUCGAAGCUCGAUGUUCUAACAUUGUACGACGUGGCUGCGCUGAAUAAACGAUUUUUGUCGAUACCAAAGCGACUGCACAGCUUCGACGUAGGAGAACCGAUUAAUCCCGAGAAGUCGAGGUUGUUUUCGGCGUUGGAAAAUUUAGAAUCAAGCAAAGAAUAUCGAAGCGGAGCUGUGCAAGAACCCACAAACAUCGCUCAGAAAGAAACACAAGAACUUAUUGAUAGCCUACGUCGCCUGCCGAUCGCUGAAGAGUGCGCGGCAGAUCGAUUGAUGGAAAACAAUCUGCGACCACAGGGGCACAAGAACCCGUACGCAAUCGAUCAACGAGGUCCUCGAGUUCUCGGUGAAAUGGGACCUGAUAACUUCCGGCAUAACGGUCGCAUCGUGUCCGAAAUUAACCGACAAUUUCCUGAAUUUAUUUCUAAUCUAUCGAAGAAUCAUUCCGCAAACAGAAACACUGCGCGACGACAUUAUUCGAACGCCGCUUUCGUGUUCGAUGAAAAUCGGAAAAUCGAACAAGAGUCACGUUUUAACAGGCCAGCGAAUCUCGUUGCUUCCGCGAGAGAGAAAUCGAGUCCCGCGAUGAAAAGCAAUUUUAACUCCGAGAAUCUUGAUAAAAAACAUUUGAAGAAGAAAAAGGGUGAAGUGUUGCACGAGAAGGCGAAUAAAACGGUACCUAAACAAGCAGAAGAACGAGUUUCGGUUAAUAUCGAUCAGGAUCGACUCGUGACAGCGUCAAAACUCGCUAAAAACAAAAUUCGCGCAAAGACGACCGAACCAAAACCGAGGAAUACGUUUUCUGCCAGUACGAAAUCAAAAAACUGGACGGUUCCAGCCAUUCUCUCCGACAAGAAGCCAAAAAUGUUGUACGGGCUUGUUCAGCACAGGAGAAGAUCCCUGUCGUGGUUCUUCACCAAGUUCUUCGACGUUCAACCGGACGAUGCGAGCAACAGUGCUCAGAAUAUUAAAUGCGGAGCAAAAGUCGAUAAGACGAAUCGUAUUCCGAGUCAAAAGUCUAAGCAGGUUAAUCGAGUAGAGAAGCUAAACGCUUCGACGUCCAUGAGCGAUUUGACCCCGCACACGGCCGAAACAGGUUCCUCUUCUCCGAAUGUCGAGUUACGUGACUCCGAACCUGUUCAAGCGACAAAUCACGAAGUCGCGAAAGAGAAGAGCGUGUCUAGUAUCGCGGAAUCGAUCGAAGAGUACGAUCCGAGCGGCGACCCGGACCAAUAUCGCCAGGAAACGAAGGUGUCCUCGAGGAUCGCCGAGUUCCUGGAGAACCUGAGGACCAAUAGAUGUAAACUGAGAUCAUCUUCGAGUCUCACAUCUUACAACUUAGAUUCCUUGUUCACCGUGAAAGAACUGCCAGUUUCGUCGGCUCGUUUCUUGUCCCACGAUUCGAAGGACUCCGCGUACUGGCUGAAGCACAUCGUCUGCAGGAACGUUUGCAACAGAAAAGGAUCCGAAGACGAUAUUUGCAAGAAACGCAGACCCUGCAAAGCGAGCAAGGACACGUGUUCUCGGAAAAAAGAGAGCUCGUGCAAGAAGAGCGAUCCGUGUUCGAAAAAAUGUGGUUCAGGAGACGCUGAUCCUUGCAAGCCUGCCAAACCGAAAUCGUGUCGCAAGAAACAGGACCCUUGCAAGAAACGCAAGAAACAGGAAACUUGUGCUCCUGCGUGUAAGCGCGAGGAGGAAGAUCCGUGUAAACAGUUAUGGAGAGAGGAUGUUUAUGGGAAAUCUUGCAAGGAGAUGAAGGACUGUGAUCCUUGCGCGAAAUUUAAGAAGAAGGAGAAGUCCGAUUAUUGCGGAGAAAGAAGAGAAAGCAGUUGUGCCAAGACUGCCAAGAAGGCGGAGAGUGACGCUAGUCCGAAGAAGGCGAAGAGCGAUACACCACCGAGGAAGAUGAAGAGCGAUUUUGGAACGAAGAAGCCGAAGAAGAAAAAGAAGAGGAAGAGCGAACCCGACACCGAUAAAUGUCCUCCGGUGACCCGAGCACCUGGCUGCCCGGACGAUGGAAAAUCAAAGGGAAAUCGAAAGUUCUCCACGACCGCUUUUCUGCAGGCAACACCAGGGUCCCUCAGCAGAAACCAACAGCUCAGCGAUAAGGUUCUCGAAAGGACGAACACUGGUCCGCUCGAAAUCGAGGUAGCUAAGGAGAACAGCAACAGGGGCCCUUUGUCAAUGACCUCGAGAUCCGAAGGAUCCAUGAUCGCGUCGACGAUCGAUCAAACGGAUCAUCCGGUGUUCAGGUUCGUCGCGAGGAGUCCUAUCCUCGCGGCCACUGGUGACAGAACGCGAAACGACGACUAUUUUCCACAAGGCGACGAAUACGAAGAUGAAAUCGGUGGAGAUAUCGGUCAGCUAUCGCACCUGCCCAGUGGAAGAUCCCCUUCGGGUGUGAGUCGGAGGAAGCUACGUUUGGGCGAAUCAGACUGCGGCGAGGGUCCGCCAAAUUGGCCGGAAAAGAGUCCUUGUCAUCCGCCAAAGGGUCCCUGUGAGCCCAUGGGGCCACCGGGUUAUCCCGGGAAACCGAAGCCGGAAAAGAAGCCGUUCUGCGCUAACCGCGAAGAUCGGACGGAAUCCUUGGGUCGCCUUCUCAGAUUUUCGACCACGACGUUCAGAAAUUGGCUUCGAGCCAGGAAUCAACGCUGUUCGGGAUCGUUCAUCGGAAAUUGGUCGAGAAACGCUUGGAGCUGGACAUCGUCGUCGAGGUUUCGCGGUCCGGAACUCGUCUGCGGCAGAGAUUUCAGCACCGGGUUCGACGCAUCGACGGAAACCGCAAAGGUGGUCUGGAUAUCGAAGGAGUUAGACCGCUACUCGAAGCAAGGACAGAUCAGGCUUCUUCGGACAAGCUCCAGCACGAUGGGAACUAGUCAAAAGAAGCCAGUCGCCGGUCGUUCGUCGAAGUCGUCGCAAAAAUGCAGCUCAGGUUCGGGCGAACAGCGAAGAGGACCCUGCAGACAGCCCUAUCAACGGCGAAAGCCCUGUCUUCCAACGGAAAAGUGUAUUCCUCCGGCACCGCCUUGUUGUCGACGACGACCCGCGAACCCCAAGUGUCCUGACCUACCCAGACCACCUUGUCCACCACCCUGUCCCAUGCCGUGUCCCAAACCUGUCGCCCCAGAGAAACCUCCACCGCCGAAGAUAUGCUAUCGAAAGUGUCCACCGCCACCGAAGCUGCCCAGACUGCCCAAGUUUCCGAAGUUACCUGCGCCACCGCCGCCUCCUCCUUUGCCGAAGCUACCCAAACCACCCCGAUGCCCUCCGCCCUGUCCACCGCCUCCUGCACCACCCCUGCCCAAGUGUCCAAGAGCUCCGAAGUGUCCCGAGUGCCCAGCUCAGAAGGAAUGUCCACCACCUCCGCCCUGCGAACCCUGUCCUUGCCCUUUGCCUUGUCCACCACCCUGCUGCCCACCUCCGCCACCCUGUCCACCCUGUCCGCCACGACAACCUAAUAGUUUUCCUUCGGAGGUGGGCCAGGAGGACAAAGGCGAUAAAGAGCACGGUAUAAAGCAUCGUCGUCUGAUGUGUAUCCAGGGUGUGAGUCGGAGGAAGCUACGUUUGGGCGAAUCAGACUGCGGCGAGGGUCCGCCAAAUUGGCCGGAAAAGAGUCCUUGUCAUCCGCCAAAGGGUCCCUGUGAGCCCAUGGGGCCACCGGGUUAUCCCGGGAAACCGAAGCCGGAAAAGAAGCCGUUCUGCGCUAACCGCGAAGAUCGGACGGAAUCCUUGGGUCGCCUUCUCAGAUUUUCGACCACGACGUUCAGAAAUUGGCUUCGAGCCAGGAAUCAACGCUGUUCGGGAUCGUUCAUCGGAAAUUGGUCGAGAAACGCUUGGAGCUGGACAUCGUCGUCGAGGUUUCGCGGUCCGGAACUCGUCUGCGGCAGAGAUUUCAGCACCGGGUUCGACGCAUCGACGGAAACCGCAAAGGUGGUCUGGAUAUCGAAGGAGUUAGACCGCUACUCGAAGCAAGGACAGAUCAGGCUUCUUCGGACAAGCUCCAGCACGAUGGGAACUAGUCAAAAGAAGCCAGUCGCCGGUCGUUCGUCGAAGUCGUCGCAAAAAUGCAGCUCAGGUUCGGGCGAACAGCGAAGAGGACCCUGCAGACAGCCCUAUCAACGGCGAAAGCCCUGUCUUCCAACGGAAAAGUGUAUUCCUCCGGCACCGCCUUGUUGUCGACGACGACCCGCGAACCCCAAGUGUCCUGACCUACCCAGACCACCUUGUCCACCACCCUGUCCCAUGCCGUGUCCCAAACCUGUCGCCCCAGAGAAACCUCCACCGCCGAAGAUAUGCUAUCGAAAGUGUCCACCGCCACCGAAGCUGCCCAGACUGCCCAAGUUUCCGAAGUUACCUGCGCCACCGCCGCCUCCUCCUUUGCCGAAGCUACCCAAACCACCCCGAUGCCCUCCGCCCUGUCCACCGCCUCCUGCACCACCCCUGCCCAAGUGUCCAAGAGCUCCGAAGUGUCCCGAGUGCCCAGCUCAGAAGGAAUGUCCACCACCUCCGCCCUGCGAACCCUGUCCUUGCCCUUUGCCUUGUCCACCACCCUGCUGCCCACCUCCGCCACCCUGUCCACCCUGUCCGCCACCCAUCCCGUGCCCUAAACCUCUACCUUGCCCACCUCCGCCUCCGCCAAGACUCUGCCCGCCGUGCCCACCUUGUCCGCCGUGCCCGAAACCGCCACCGUGUCCACCGCCGCCUCCUUGCUGCCCUUGUCCGUGUCCUGAACCACCCCCACCGUGCCCUUGUCCCAAACCCUGUCCACCCUGUAAGCAAACGCAACCCAGAGAGCAACCCAAGUGUCCCGAAGGCGUUCCAUCUUGCCCAAAGUGUCCGCAACGGAAGAUCAGGAAGAGGAAGAUGUCUACGUAUUGCGCGAUCUCCAUGUUCCUUCCUAUGAGGAGUCUUCAGUACAGAAGAUUGCACGUUUGCGCGAUGAGACUGAAAAAAUCGGACAAGUCCAGUUGUAAGGAGAUAGAGGACAUAUGCAAGGAUACCCGGAAGGGCGGUUCCUGCGCGAAAAGCUGCGAAAGGAAGGACGAUUGCGGUAAGAAGAAGCCCAAGUGCAGCGACAAAGUGAAGAAAAUGCAGUCGAAAGGACGGAGGAAGAAGAAGAAGAAGAAGAAGAAGAAGAAGGACGACUGUAUUCAGACGUGUAUACCGACCGCGAAGUGCAACGGUCCUCGGAUUGCUAAACCACCGAAGAUGGAAUACGGCCCGGCAAAAUGUCCUCCACCAAAGUUCGUUUCGCCGCAACCCUGUCCCGAUCCACCCGAAGCGGAGACGGGUCCCUGCGUGGAAGUUCGAUCUUACAUCAAACCGAAGAAGGAGGUUUGCCCGCCUCUUCCUCUUCCGAAACCGCCUACCAACCCUGUUAUUCUUUGUCCCUGUCCGCCACCUCCCAAAAUGCAUCCUGGUCCGUGUCCUUGUUUCGAAGAUAAGCAGGAACAGGAUCAAGGGAAACAGUUUGUCCCGCCAUGUUCUGUGAGAGAGAAGUAUGUCUGUCCGAGGGAGCCUCACUUCUGUCCGCAGGAGAAGCUGAUUUGUAAAAAGGAGAAAGUUUGUGACCCGAAGAAAGUCGAGAAGAGGAACAAGAAGAAGGAACCACCAUCUUAA